GGUUAUGAGUUUUCUCCAAUCCCCAGCAAAUUUCAUUCCCGAUCCCGAUUUAGCCGCCUGCUUUCCUCCCUCCAUCUGCCCUAUUUCUUUUCUUCUCCCAUCCAAAUCGCCACAACUCUUCCCGACCAGUUCUCGCCGUUGUCCUCACUGUGACUCCACCCUCUCGGCGACGCAUUGGUGAAUGUCGUUCCUCACCGCGAGUUUUCCUCAACGUGUUCUCGCCAUAGCUCUUCCCUCUCCUCGACGUUAGGUUUUUUCCUCGACGUCGACCUCGUCGGGAAUCUUCCUUCCCCGUGACGUGUUCUCGCCGUGACUCUUCCCUCUCCUCGACCAGUUCCUCGCCAGCUUUAUCAAUUCACUAAUGGUGUAUGGAGAAUGUGACUGUGCAUUACAACUUAGUUCUUUCGUAUACUGUAUUUGAAGCAACUACUGCAAUGGAAGAUCUGAAAGCAGCACUGAAUGAGCACGUUGAUCUUGUGUCUGAUCUCUUUGAAAAGUUCUCUGCCGAACUUCGUAGUGGAUUUGGACCAGCAGUUGAUAACUUCAUUGGUUUCUUUCAUGCAAUUGAUUGGAAGGAGCCUUGGUUGAUAUGCUUAUUAGCUUUCCAUUUUAUUUUGCUGCUUACAACUUUAUUGUCUAGGAAAAAUGUGAAUUUCCAACUAUUCCUGUCUCUUCUUGCAUUUUCAGGCGUUUAUCUUGCUGAGAGGGUUAAUAGUUUCCUAGGGAAAAGGUGGCAGAGCUUUUCCAGCCAGAACUAUUUUGAUCCCCAUGGCGUCUUCAUAUCAGUACUCUGGUCUGGCCCGCUACUUGUCAUUACUAUACUGAUUGUGGUAAACACACUCUUUACACUUUGCCAUCUUAUGGUGAAAUGGAAAAAGGCAGAACUUAGACACCGUGCUCGGGUGGGGCGUGACAAGCAAGAAUAGGAUAGACUCAAAUCUCUUACUGUGAAACCAGUGUUGCUUCUUGAUGCUAAUCUUUAAUUCUUGUCAGAGUUCUGAGGGCUUUGAAGAGUAGUUGAAAUUAGUAUUUAAAAGUGUCCCGAGACUUAAAAAGUGAACUUGAGUAACGUUGCAGCUUGACAAUUUUGGGAUGACAUAAUUUAGAGUCCAAUUACUCUUUGCAGCAACUUUGUAGCCACUAAAUGUUGUUGAAUGUGAUGAAGAACACUUUUUAUAUGUUUGCAAA